AUGCGCAUCGAAAAGCAUCCCUUAUCUCCGCCUAGCUUGGAGGAACUGGCAGCUAAACUUCAAGCACCCUUGGCAGCCAAUUAUGAGCACUCCACAGUGAGUGUCGUGUCCUGCCCGGAUCUUCGGCAAGCACCCUAUCAUCUAGCUACCGAGGGGCUAUCAGGAGAUGAGAAGAUAGCAGAUGUAGGAGGUCAACCGAAUUUGUUCCCGCGCCCAAAAAUGGAUUGUGUUUGGUCCAUGACUGCGCUUGCGGAGGCCAUGGAUAUGGAUCCUGCGAAGGGGGGAUUACUCGGUGCCGGCGCAGGACCUCAUCCCGUUGUCGGGCAAAACUGUGAACUUGCGCCAAAUAUCGGUUGGCAAGGUAGCUUUGAGAAUGUCAAGAAUGAGAGUCGUUAUGCAAAGAUCGACAAGGAGACAAGCGCUGUCCAUAUCGACAAGAGUCCUUCCUUGGACUGCGCCUUGAUGAUCAACUUGUUCGGCUCCUCAGGCAGUCCAGGACCAGUUAUCAAAAUCACAGCUCGAAAGAGGACAGGCUCUGAACGAAGCUUCUCGGAGUGUAUCACAAAAGGUCUCCAUCAAGCAUAUGGCGACUCGCAGACCGUCAGUCUUGGUGGACUCUUCUUGGUCAAGAAGGGCAAGGCAAAAUACCAUAUCAUGCCUGACUUUCCAGCAGAGAAAGACUUGCCGUUUGAUAAUCGCAAAGAUGUCGAUAGUUGGUUGACCUUUCACGACUUCGACGCACCAAUGCUUUGUUUAUCGGUCUUGCAUUCAGCUGAUCCCAGAGGAAGAAUGGGUUUGCGGAUCGAGCAUACACAUUGCUACGCUGCAGACGGGACAAACGCUGGAGGCCAUUAUCAUUACGAUUUAGACGAUACGGAGCAUGAUGUUGAGUAUGAGGCGUAUUUCAAUACUGCCAAAAUGAUAUAUCGACUAGACAGACCAAAUUGA